GGAAGCCGCAAUGACUAUGUGAGCCACGAAAGAAAACUCCACAAAAGACUUUUCAACAGCAGCGAUUAUUACAGCGUUGACCUGCUUCCUAGACUUGAUAAGUCUCACGUCAUCAACAUUAGGUUCGGAUUCGAACUCGUCAAAAUAGUAGAAGUGGUGAGGUUUUUAACAAUUUUUAAAAGAGCAACUAGUUCAUUUCCGCCCUCGGUAAUGGGUGAUUCUGCGUUCUCACUCACGAAGAUCUCCUUUAUCAAGAUUUAUUUUCAAGUAAGAUGUCCUCCAUUGUUAGGAGACAUCAUUUCAGAGUUCGCCAUGCCCCAAAGCAGAGCUCCCGUGUUAAAUUUCUACCCAUCUACUUGAAAACAAUCAAAUUUUGACCAUUGUAAUUAUCAAAAUUAAUAGCUAUGACACAAAGAAUUUAUCCGCGAAGCAAAAAUCAUCAACUGGCCCCGGUUGUUCAAACCUUGGAUAGCGCUAUCCACCAGAUAAAUCACUAUCCAGUGGAUAAGUAUUAGGAAAACCAAUUCCGCUACUGUCAGUGGAUAGAGAGUUAUCCAGCGGAUAACGCUAUCCACCUUUCGAACAAUUGGGACCUGGCCAGCAGGAAAAUUCAAAAUACUUGAUCUUGAUCUCGAUGAGAAGUGCACCUGCGAUAUUGUCAUAUGAAACAGGUCAGCGGAUGCCAGUCUUUAAAGGAACGAUAGUAUGGAUUUCCAAAUGAUCGCUUGGAAGAUCUGUAAGGGUGAUGUUUCACAUUGGUUUACCUGGUGAAUUUGACGCCCAUUCGAAGUACGCUCACGUGACAACCAAAUGUUCUCGAAAGAUGGAUGCCACAUUUUUCUAACUACAGCCAAGCAAGGAGCUCCGCUUAAAUUUAGGAUGAUUUUGUAAAACCGGCCCGUAAUCAGGAAGUGUAAUCGCAGUUUUUUGUGGGGGCGAACAACGUGGCUUUGACGUUAAAGUGGCAAGAUGAACCACUUUAAACUGAGAACGCUGCUAGGCGGCUUUUAUCCUAAGAGAAAUUCAUUACUCCACCUCAAGAUGCUUUUACAAACGUUUGAUUUCUCGGCUGAAGUUUUGCAUUAUUGGCAAUCAUAUUAGAGUGCUUAAGUGAUGCAUUUCGAUGAAAAAAGGAAACGAACAAGUAAAAACACCAUUCAUGAUUACAAGAACGUGUGUAUUUAGAAACCCUUAGUCAGUUAUAUUAGAACUGUUAUUAUCUCUUGGCCCAUGUAAGGAAAUCCAAGACAGUCUUGGAUUCUGGAUUCCCCGCCAUGAAUUCCGGAUUCCAGGUACUGGAUUCUAGUCACUGUAAGUGAAAAUUGGAUUUUGGAUUCCAAUCUUUAGUGGGAUUCCGGAUUCCUUGAGCUGUAUUGCAGAUUCAAAAGCCUAGGAUUCCGGAUUUCAUAAGCAAAAUUUUCCCGGAUUCCAGAUCCCGGAUCAUUCCAUUCCAUGGGGCAAAUCUCUAGCUGCAAAGAAAAUACCGAUGCUUCUUUUUAUUAUCAGUGUAUUUAAUGGUUUCUUUAACAGAACGCAAAAGAACAGUCCAUUAUAGUCAUCGCCUGGGUUACUCAGGUAAGUUUGAUCAGUGAUAUUAAAAUCACAGAUUAACUUAAAGCCCCGUGCAAACGGACGCAACAUUGUUGGAUAUUACAUGUAGCGUCCGUUUGCACACCCUGUUACAUGUUGUUGCGUGUUGUUGGGAGUUGUUGCGCAGAGCUUGGAACCGGUCAAACUUUUAGCUAGGUGCAAACGGACGCAACAAGUCCCAACAUUGUUGCCCCAACAAUGUUGGGAGUUGUUGCGUCCGUUUGCACCUAGCUAUAGGUAAAGUAUAUCAGUAAUCUCAGUAAUCGUUACCCUGUGAAAACCGUAGCCGACAUUUCGGGAUACCACCUCGUUACCCCAGGAAUAAACCAGGAGCGGUUGCGUAAUGUCAACCGUUUCUUCAACCUUGUCCCAUAUAUCCCUUACCGUAUUUAUUCGAAUAAGCGCCCAACCUCGAAUUAGCGCUCACCUCGAAUAAGCGCCCAUCCUAAAGGCAGAAAAAGUUAAUAAGCACCCAGCCUCGAAUAAGCGCCCACCCCUCCUCCUCAAAAUCAAACUCAAAUAAGCGCUUACCCCCACCCCACCCACUUUAGUGAAUAAAUUCUACUAAGAGACUUCCCCGAGGACGGAGUUUUCUUCAGAGUAUUUUACAGAAACCUUGCUUUGUUACUUCUUCGCGUUUUGUUAUUAGCUUUUUGUUGUUCUGUUGCAAAAUAAACAUACUUCACUUGCUGAAAAUGGUGAAAAUUUAAUAAGCGCCCAGCCUCGAAUAAGCCCCCACUCUCAAGGUCCAAAAAUUUAAUAAGCGCCCAGGGCGGUUAAUCGAAUAAAUACGGUAAUCACGUACAAUAAAAAUGACUGGAAACACUGAUCAUAGUAUUAUAUAGGCGUGGCAUUUAUAAAGAGUUAGUAUAAUGUGCUAACAAAGUAAAUCACAUCAUGAGAUCACAAGAAAAAUUUCGGCUGUUGCUAUUCAUGUUUACCCCUUAGCGUUGGGAAAAUCCUUUGCUGCGUUGGAACGAAUCCGAAUUUGGUGGAAUAGAAAAAAUCCACUUGGAAGCAAAGAGGGUCUGGGUUCCAGAUAUUCUUCUUUAUAACAAGUAAGUUGUUCACGGUUUUCCCUUUAUCUAAGUAUUAGUGCACAGAUAUUAAAGUACAAGCCGCCUUUCAAAAGAAUAAGAGCACUCUAUUUUUACGGAGUCCGGUAGUUAUGUGCUUAAUCCCUUAACUCAACAAAUCACCCAAUUUCACAUUUUAUAUAGCAAAAAGUGAAAGUACUGCUGAUUAAGUUUCAUUUGAAUAGUUACAGCAUGUAAUUUCGUCCACAGACUCAAAACUUAGAACCACCCUAUGUACCUACAAGACUCCAUCACCUACUCUGAAAGGGUUUAAGACACUCGAGGGCUGAAAUCCUGGAGUGUGGUGGUUGUUAACUUUUUUAAUGUUCAUUCAGAAUCAGAUGACCGUUAGGCGAAAAUGAGACUCGAAAAAUUUCGACGAACAGAUGAAGCAACAUUCGUAACUCGGUCCCACUCAACAUACUUUAGUUUAACUUUAGCGAAUGCUUCAACAUACGAUAUCGGAAAUUUCAAUCAUUACCUUAUUAUUUUUAUCAGAGAAAAACAAUCACUUAUGGAUGAUUUUUUGUGGUCGUUUGCACUAAAGAAUACUAUUAAUAAUAACAAUAAGAACACGAUAACGAUAAUAAUAAUAAUAAUAAUAAUAAUAAUAAUAAUAAUAAUAAUAAUAAUAAUAAUAAUAAUAAUAAUAAUAAUAAUAAUAAUAGUAAUAACAAUGAUCGCCAUUAUCCUUCUUCCACAGCAAUGACGAUGAAGAUCAUUUCGUAGGUGGCCGAACCACUUUUCGGUCAGGGGUGACUUUGAAUUCUAACGGAACCACAACUUGGAGCAACCCAAUGAUGUUCACAAGUGUGUGCCAAAUAAAUGUGAAAUACUUCCCCUUUGAUAUUCAAAAAUGCCACCUGAAAUUUGGCUCAUGGAAUUAUGAUGCCCAGACGUUAAACAUCACGCCAAUGAAUUACAAAUUUCCAAGCAAAGAUUUCCAAGAAAAUGGCGAAUGGAAAGUUACCAUGGUUAAAAUAAAGCGAAAGGAGGAGAUGUAUCAGUGCUGCACAGAACCAUACGUAGACGUCACAGUUACCAUUAAAAUGGCACGACAGAGCAUGGAUUACUUUAUCAAAUUCAUUCUUCCGUGCUGUUUGAUUUCCUCCAUGAUUUUUCUCGGGUUUGUUCUUCCUCCAGAGUCGGGAGAGCGUAUUGGUCUUAGCAUCACUGUGUUGUUGGCGAUGACCGUGUUUCAACAGCUGACGUCCGAAAUCAUGCCGCCUUACGACUUCCCCAUCCUUGGGCAGUAUUAUUUUGCCAUCAUCUUAGAGAUUGGAGCAUCGGUUGUCGUCACAACGAUGAUUUUAAACUUCUAUCAUCGCACCAAUCGAAAGAUGCCUCGAUGGAUGAAGAAGCUGGUGAUCAACUGGAUCGCGGUUAUCGUUUUCUUAACGGAUACCCCCGAGACUCGAAAAAUAAAGCGUCGAAAGUCUUCCAGGCGAAGCCGUCGGAAAAUUACAAGAUUAGCAAACGACACCGCCAUCGCAAAGUUGACGGAAGACGGAAAAGACCAGCACAGCCAAGGGUUUAAUGUGACUUUUAGUGACACAAUGUACUGCGGCACUCCAUCGUCUGAGACCAUUGGCACAGAGAUGGAGAAUCUUGGCUGCCAGAACAAUUACGGAAUAAAUACGUUCCAGUUCAUGAUUAAUAACCAUGAGGGGGUAGACAAUACUACGAAAGAAGAGACUCGUUCAUAUAGGGAAGAUGGGGAACAUUUGAGCGAAGAUGAGUUGGCCAUUAGGCACUGGGAAUGGACACUCGUCGCGAGGAUUCUGGAUCGAUUCUUCCUGGUUGUUGCGGUCAUUUGCGGCAUCGUAACAGUCUCAGCGAUAUUUUUACGGGCGCCAAUGCUAUGGGACGCAUCGCCCAAAUUAACGAUAAACAACGCUGAACUAAUGAUUGAGGAGUAGGUGAUGGUGUACUCUUGCCGGCCAGCCAAUACUUUGCAAAAGUUUCUUUCAAGCUUGGGCGCUAAGACUAGAAAAUCCAAAUCGCUUAAGGUGACUCGACCCAGUUUUUUUUAGGGGGUACCAUCCUACUUUGAAGCUCUCUGGUAUCCCCACCUUUACUUUUAUCGUAAGUCUAACACAUAGAAUGGAUAACGUAUAGAUCAAUCUACAAUAAAACAUAUAAUUUUUGGCGAUCGGAGUAAAUGUCACGUGGUUAUAAUGCCACGCCCCUUGGAGGUCUGAGUCGAAAAUCUGCUGUUGCCAGCAUUUUUUCGUGAAAAUCUCUCGGCUACACAUAGUGCGCAUCAGUGCCUUGCGCUGAACAGAGUUUCACCAAAAUCGCAAAGACCCAAUUCGAGAAAUUCAGCGGAUUCCAAAUUUAGGUCAUAAUUUAUGCGAAAAUGAUAAGCAAACUUUACACGGAUUAUAUCUAAUAAACUAUGAGACUCAUCUCUGUAUUUUGGGCAUCCGUAUAACAGAUGGGUCCUUGCAAGUCAGCAAAACGCUUUAGGGCCUUGUAAAUGCGCGCGAUUUCGAGCAAAGCAAACAUAUAGAAAUUAUAGUUUUCGCUAUUUGUUGACGUUUGUCAGCGUUUAAGAGUCAAUUUCACGAAAAAAGCAUUUUCUUAAAAAUUCGUUGUUUUUUUUCCUUCAAAUUUUUUCAGGGCCACAAUUGAUUAAACAACUACCCGGACUCUGAAUUUCAUGGUCAUUGAAAAGCUGUGACAUUACCUUCUAUAAGCCCAAACUUGAGUAAACAUUGAAGAUUUUUAGCGUUUUGGCUGAGUUUGUGCUUUGGGAGUUGUCUAUUAUUUCUAGUCUGUCAUUAUACAGCAUUCUUGUUCAGCACGCGUGCAAUGACCGCGCUUGUCUGACUUCCGAAUGCUCACCGAGAUAUCAUAAAUUUGGUACAGUGAGACAGGCCAUCGCGUGAUACAUAGAGGUUUAACUAACAAUUUUUAAUCAAUUCUCGUGCUUCUUGUGUCUUUGCAAAAAAAUCAAGAAGUGCUACACACUAAGUCUACUUACUAUUACAAAAAUAUCAUUUUUUCAUAGGUUUAAUGCAAGCCAAUAAUUAAACCAACUCGUGACGGGAAUAUCUCGGUGAGCAUUCGGAAGUCAGCCAAGCGUGGUCAUUGCACGCGUGCUGAACAAGAAUGCUGUAUAAUGACAGACUAGAAACAAUAGACAACUCCCAAAGCACAAACUCAGCCAAAACGCUAAAAAUCUUCAAUGUUUACUCAAGUUUGGGCUUAUAGAAGGUAAUGUCACAGCUUUUCAAUGACCAUGAAAUUCAGAGUCCGGGUAGUUGUUUAAUCAAUUGUGGCCCUGAAAAAAUUUGAAGGAAAAAAAACUACGAAUUUUUAAGAAAAUGCUUUUUUCGUGAGAUUGACUCUUAAACGCUGACAAACGUCAACAAAUAGCGAAAACUAUAAUUUCUAUAUGUUUGCUUUGCUCGAAAUCGCGCGCAUUUACAAGGCCCUAAAACGUUUUGCUGACUUGCAAGGACCCAUCUGUUAUAAGGAUGCCCAAAAUACAGAGAUGAAUCUCAUAGUUUAUUAGAUAUAAUCCGUGUAAAGUUUGCUUAUCAUUUUCGCAUAAAUUAUGACCUAAAUUUGGAAACCGCUGAAUUUCUCGAAUUGGGUCUUUGCGAUUUUGGUGAAACUCUGUUCAGCGCAAGGCACUAAUGCGCACUAUGUGUAGCCGAGAGAUUUUCACAAAAAAAUGCCGGCAACAGACGAUUUUCGACUCAGACCUCAAAGGGGCGUGGCAUUAUAACCACGUGACAUUUACUCCGAUCGCCAAAAAUUUUAUGUUAUAUUGCAGAUUGAUCUAUAUGUUAUCCAUUCUAUGUGUUAGACUUACGAUAAAAGUAAAGGUGGGGAUACCAGAGAGCUUCAAAGUAGGAUGGUACCCCCCCCCAAAAAAAAACUGGGUCGAGUCACCUUAAACAGGGUCUGGAAGAGGUUCUCGACGGAAUACAGGCUUUGACCGCCACUCGAGAAUGAAGAUUCGCCAAAAUCGUGGCACGGGAUGCGGAUUCGGUAUUCGGGAUUGAGAUGACAGACGCUCGGAAUGCGGGAUUGUCGUGAAAAAGAAGCAUGAAUGCAGGAUCAGGAUCCCCGCCCCUCUUCCAGACCGUACUUAAACAGUGAAGGAAAAAUCAAAGAAGUAGAAAUAGGAUGCCGUAUAUAUUGAGUUCGAUAACCGUAAUAUGUUGCCCGUAAAACUAGGCUGCGCCUUAUAUUUUAUCAUUCAUAUUAUUUCGAUACCUGUUUCAAUACUCUUCCUAGUGUUUGUUGAUAUUCACAUUCGUUUCUUAUGGAACUAAAGCAGGAGCAAGAAUCGUAAUAUUGUCGAUUUGUCAUUGCAACUUGGAAUUUAACUUUGUUGAAGUAGCCUUUUACCUCACAGUAGUCGUGGUUCCGUUACAAACUAAUUCGUAAUUAUUCCUAAUUAUGAUUAAAACGUGUUACGAAAUUUUACUUGUUGUUUAUAGCAAAGGCCACAGUGAUACUAGUCCCACAUAUGGUAUUCUUGAACUCUCCUUACUUGCUCGUCAGCAAAAGAAUCGAUUGAUAGUUUUGAGGACGUAGUGAUCAUCAUCGUAACCAUUUUAUUUGAUAAAGAAGGCUAUAUCUGUCCAAAAGAGCUUAAAAGCUGAAAACUUCUAAAGGAUGCCCAACGACCGACUGUUUCCAAAUACGUCAGGAGUGUCUCAAAUCGUUUUCUCUAUAUAUGAUUUAGAAGCCUGAUUGGUUAAUUUGGAGCUGCCCUAAAAACUAUUGUUAUCUGUUCGGAUUUGUUAGGGGAAGAUUUUUCUUCUCGAAAAUUUUAGCUGGUUUUUCGUCUCAUCCGAAACUGUUACCUACCCGAAAGUUUGAGGACAUGGGAUAGCCGUACUUUCAUUAGAAGGACGUAAUUUUUAUACCGAAAUUUUCAACAGACCUCUUUUAUGCAAUAAUCGUAAUAUCUUUGUGAUAAAAUGUGAAAAACACAACCCCGAAAAUCUAUAGAAGGUUAGUUAGUAAAAAAAUUGCUAACAUCAUAGACGGGUGGAACGGUUAUCAAUACAUUUUUAGUAUUUCUCGAGCUUUAGAAAUUUCUAGGCAAUGUUUGUUCCUUCGAACAGUUAUUUCAAAGAAAUACUGACUUCUACAGCAAUACACUCACAUAGACGCACACCAUCCCACCAGGUCCACGGUCCCUACUUUCGACGAACAACAGUGUGGGCGUGGUCAUGGGUUCUUUCACGCCCCAUAAAAAUGAGAAAGGUGAAAGAGCUGUGAGACGGGGCCUGCAGUUUUUCGCCCCUCUCCGAGGAAGAUAAGGACUCGUACUUAGUAUCACAUUCGUACUUAGACGUGAAACAACAUAUAUUAAACGGAGAGAGACGCUGGAGGCCCUGAAGACGAGUUCGAGGCCGAUGAUUAUAAUAUUAUAAUAAUAUAAAUGACAAUGAUGAUAAAUAACAAUCUUUUGAUAAGUCCUUCGUAUGAUGUGAAGAAUUGUGCGGAUCUGACAGAUUAGCCUAUAACACUUCCCUAACGGUAUGCAUAAUUCUUCAUAUCAUACGAAAGCCGAAUCCAAUAAUUGUUUUAUUAUUCUGAUCCAGAAAACGCCUGCAACGUGCUCUAUUUGAAGUUCCCGUUUUCAAAAUAACUGCCUGUUCUGUGGUAAUUUCAGGAUAUGAAGGCCGAAAUGAUGUUGAUUUUAGCAGAUAUUCUUCCCUAGCAGUUGUCAUCCGUCGAGUUUUAUUUUUUGUUUCUACUUGUAACUACUCUGAGGCAGUAGUUCGGCUAUGUUGUCCUUGCAGAACGUGUGAAAUCUUUCACGAUUUUCUCUAGCUCCGCACUUUCAAAGAGCUGAACCACCGCUUCUUUGCUUGACUUCAGCAUCCCUUUUUCUGUCGAUAUCAAGACGAUUGAUGUCAAAAAUAUUAAUAACGGCAACGCUAACUGGUUUAGACUACAAAACAGUCGGGUUUUUUUCCUCAAAAUCAGUUUAGCGUAGCGUAAGAAUAGCGUCUUUCCUCAGACUCGCUCUCUGUUUUCGGCCUCGCUCCAGACCUUUUGUUUGACUGUUCGUGCGUACUUGUACUUGAAUACGCAAAAAUACGGACUAUUUUACAAUCUAUACUGGUUGUUAAGAAUCAGCCAGGGAAUGUAAGCUAAUCAGAAACGUUGAAAUAUUUUGAACGAAUAAUAAUGGUAUAAAGCACAAAGUAUCAUGCAAUUGAUCAGAGGCGCUAUUUGUAGUCUGCAUGGCAGGCGUUUAAAACGUGCUCGACAACGCGGUGGGCACGCCAGGAAGAAACCGUCUCAAGCACCUUAAAUCCCCCGAGCGUUACUCGACCAAUCUUUGGCUACAGAUGAGUCGCUGAGGGUUUGAAACCCUGAACCUGUUUAGGACAAAAAAAAUCCUAAAAUACAUACCGUGUUUAGGAUGACAACCUCAAUUUUAUUACUCUGUGUAGGACAAAGGACAAAAUGCACGCCGUCUUGUUUUUUCAAAAACCAUUUAAUAGCAAUUGCAAUAGUAAGAGCAAAUUCACGUUAUGGUCAUUGCUUUUGUAUACUUGGAGUGCAAACAAAUUUCGUCUAGCAAAUCAAAUCAAUCGUGCAGACAAUACCCUGUUUAUAAUUAGGACAGACUCGAACAACAUACGUAUAUACCCUGUUUAGGGCAGACUUACAGGAAAUUCAGUAUAUACACUGUUUAGGACACAGAGAUCAAAAACCAUACCCUGUCCAGCGGCACAUCCUUAUAUGGUCAUAUAAGGGAGUAUCCCCCCAAGCCAGAAGCAUAUAGCCCCGAUCAGGGUUAUAUGCUUCUGCCCAAGCUUAAUGCUUUAGUUUUCCUUCCUAGCAAAACGCCUGCCGUGACGCAAGCUAUUAAGAAAGUAGCCAUUCGUUUAUUGUGUUUGGACGAUUGUCAUAUAAUAUCCCCUGUUGUGUCCUAGAAGCUUAGUAAAGUAUCAACUUAAAUGAUAAUGUGCAAGAAAUUGCCAUUGUUGCCUAUUCCGUCUCCUUAACUGUACCCUAAAUGACGUAAAAUUAUGACCCUUUCGGGAUUUUUAUUGAACAACCGUCAUUUCUUCGAAAGUUUAGUGGCAAUUUUAGUUUUUCGGUCAAGGAAGAUCGUUCGAUUUUCGCGAUUUGAGACAAAACGAAUCCGCUUCUCUUAAGCUAUUGAUAAUUUGAUUUAAAUUCUGUUCACCCUGUCUGUUCGAGAUUGUGCCAUGAGUUUUCUUAAUCUCUCGACCUUUUGUUGAAGGUUGAUUACCUUUUCUGUAAUUUGGCAAAGAGACGGCUUUUUUAUGGUUGAUGAUUAAGAGGACAAGGUCUCGUUCAUAUAUUUCGAAUUAUUUGAAUAAAAUUUAUUUCAAUAAAACUGCUCCCAAUCUCUGCGAUUUAUUCGCAGGUGUCCCUCAAAAAUCCGAAUGACAUGAUUGAAAAUGAAAAACAAUUGUCAAUAUUUUUUUCUUUAUCUUUCCAGCGCGUUGUCUAUAUUACGCCCGGGGGCAAUUAGCUCUCGCUAUACUAUCCGAGGGGAGAGGAUUCAAGCUAAUUCAUUAAAAUUUAAACAAUUUUCAAAAGAAAUAAUUUACACGACCGAAAGGCGCCAGAUAUUUCAGCUAGCUUGUAUCAAUUUAUAACAGUUACCUCUCAUCGGAGCAAGGACAGAAAUCGCUUGAUGGAAUUUUUGGCGUUUUUGCUGAUUCUUGUUUCUAUCAUUCAGUUGGACACAAUCUGUGUUUGUCAAAGUAAGUUAACUUAUUUAUUCAUAAGUAUGAUUCUUACGCCUUUAAUGUAGCCAGCCGCACAUACUUGACAUGCACGAAGGAAACUAAACAAAAUGAUUACAAAACGAUAGCUUACUCAUUGCCGUCGUUCUCUUCCGUUAAAAUCCCGCAGCUUGUAUAUCCCAGUAGCAUUCAGAUUUCCUGGGACCCUCGGCUCCUUAUACCUCCCCAUGAUUCAAACCAAAGUGACUUCUCUUUCCGAGUCAAACACAAUGAUUCCACCCCUGAUAUCAACCCAAAUGCGAAGAAGCUUCCUUUUACCUAGGUAACGUAUUGAUGAAAUUGAAGGCAUGUAUGUAAGUAACUCGUGAAAUUCAACAUUUUUGUUAAAGACUUGACAUCCUUUAAUUCCCGUCAAUUCGACUUUUUCUUAAUUAUUUUUUUUCUUCCGCCUCCCAUCAGAUAAAUAAAAUCUCUAUUUACUUUACACUAUACCAUCCCAAACUCGAACCACUUAUCAUGAAAAUGCGAUAAAAAUACACUUGGUAUUGUCCCAGGGGCACCCAAUGCCAAUUUUCGGAAAAUAUCUGUUCGGAAGACGAUUUGAGAUCUAGAAUUUUCGGAACAUGUGUUGUAAAAUUUCUUGCUUGCCAGCCUCUCCUAGGAUUUUCGAACAUCUAAAAAAUGGUAUAAUUGCCCAUUUUUUAACGGAUUUUUACCCUAAAAAGGUCACCUAGAAUUUUCGGGAGCCUUUUUUCUGGCUGAAAUUUUCGAAAAGGUAAGUUUUGUUCCCUAUAAUUUUCGGAUCACUAGACUUUCAGCUAGGAAAUCCGAACAGAUGAAAAAGUUUUAGGGGAUAAUAGUAUGCCUAUAUCUACCGUUUAAAUACUAAAAUACGUUUAACAAUGCUAUGUUUAAGUGGUUUUGAACUAUAUUCUCGUUGGGUGCCCCUGUUGUCCGGCAGAUAAACCGAGACGGGUUGAAUUACAAAAAGAGGAAGAAGAUGAAGAAGUCUCCAUGUAACUGCCUUGCAACGCCAUGGAAUAAUGUCCAUAUCUGAGUACGCAUGAAACCCUAUUCAAUUCGGUUGGCGACUGCUGAAUCGACGGGGGACAGGCUAUUCAAUUCUAAUCUCUUUUUACGAAUUCUUUUUUUCCAGAAGGGUUCGUGCCGCGAGACUAAAGAUCCAAACAAUUAAAAGAGAAACCCACGACAUAUAUGAAAUUUCCGCUGAUAAAGACCACCGGACUACCUACCAAUGUAUAUAAUAUACGUAGAAUAUUAUCACCACUGAGCCGCUAAUCAAUUUUAAUUCGACAAAGGUACUACAUAAAAAAAAAUCCGAAUAAGCAUGACAAAGCAUAAAUGAGAAAUCAAUAACAAAAAUGUUUUGUAAUCAGAAGUGAAGAUCAAAUGUUCUCAAAGGAAAAACUCCUUCUUAAAUGUGCUCUAUUCAUUUCUUUUUUAAAACGACAAUUUCCCAUUAUUUUUAAUUCAAGAACUGAAGAGGAUAGAGAAGUCAAUUUCCAAUUUCUGUUAUUGUUUAAAUAAACUAUAUGGACAUUUUCUAUUAACUUGGAAAAAUGCAAAGCUUACAAAAUAUUCAUUAAAUAAAAUGACAUCUUGUAAAAAUAUCAUUCUUUUGAAGGCCAUAGAAUUUCGAAGUGUUCUUUCCCAUUUCAACAGUGACGUUUCAGAAAGCGAAGCUUUCCAUGGAUUUCUCAAGAUGUAGAACUAUCAACUUGUCGGGCAGUUAAUUUGGCCGGUGCCAAAAAGUAAAAUGAUUCAAGUGUGGUCGUUUCGCUACAAGUCGGUUCGCUGCGCAAUGAAGUCGAUUCGCUGCAAAGUUGUAGAGUCGUUUCCGCUAACUUCUCGUUAUUACCCGUUUGUUGUUUUGAAACUGUUUAAUACAUAAAGUUGGUUGCAUCGAAUUGACUUUACGAUGCAGCGAAACCACUUUGUACCGAAACGAUCGUAAUUCUUUCGGUGAAAGGGAUACAUUCAGUUGUAUAUAACCAGUGGCUACCUAUUUCAGUUGCAGAGGAGGCGAAGCGAAACGUGACGCAAGCACUUUUUACGAAAUUAUUCGAUGGCUACCAGAAAGAAUUUCUACCGCGUCUUAAUGAAUCAGAACCUGUCCAGGUGCAUUUUGAGUUUGAGAUCAUCACGAUCAAGGAAGUGGUGAGUUUUAAAAGGGACUGUCCACACUUGGUGCUCGGGAACUAGUACCUGGGUACCGGCACAAAAUGGUGUUGUGUUUACACUUUGAGUGCCCGACAUGUGACUGUGUACAUAUUUACUCCAUUUACGCCAUUUUGAAACAUGAGCUUAGCAGCGAGAACAAAGCAGUGGACUAGCCGGAACUUACAAAAAUUGCGUGAACACAGGGACACGGUGCCCACUUUGGUGCCCUAGUACAAGGUCGAGACCUUGUACUCGAGCACCGGCACCAUCGUCAUGCCCGAAUUCUUGCGUGGGUGCUUGAAAAAAGGGUGUGUUCACAUUAAUCGCCACCGAGUACCGUACUCGGGCACCGUGCCCGGGCACCAAGUGUGAAAGCUGUCUUAAAUUUACUAAGGCCCUUAGCAUGCACAAGGGGGACCACAGACCAUUAGCACUUUCAUCUUUCUGUUACCAUACCACAAACUGCCGCUUUAAACCCCAUCCACUGAUAAACCCCCAAUUGUAGGCCCAUCUGCCUGUAAAAAAAUACAUCCGAUUAUAAGCCCCGCAGGAUACAAGCCCCUCUCUGAAUUCGAUUUAUUAUGAUGUUUUCAACCCUAAUUGAAAACCAGUUAAUGAAAAUGUAUUUUGAUCAGCACUGCUAUAGAUUGUUUUGAAGCGCUUUUUCUCUUCCCGUUAAAAGCUCUCUCGGAUAGGUCCCAGUGUUUAUAAGCCCUCCUCAAACCCUUACGAAGAGGUAUAAGCCCUGGGGUCCGUUUCUCGAAAGUCCCGGUAACUUUUCGGGCCCGAAAUCAGAUUUUUAAAUCGAAAUACAAAGAAUACGAGCGCGGGUCAUGGCUAACAAACUGCUCCUUUUUGUUUCAUUAACUGAUAGUUUUAUCAUGUUAAAUGCAAAACUAUUGAAACGUCUAUCUUGCAUGUCAACAACAACAGCUUUGCGGCCCGUUAAUUAUCGGGACUUUCGAGAAACGGGCCCCAGGGCUUAUAAGCGGCAGUUUAAGGUAUAACAUUUUAGAGGUACCUUUCAGCUGACUUUUAGCUAUUCUGGUGACAUUGCUUUUCUAGUAUUUUCAGUAAGGAAUUGAAACAAAUCUUGAUUUUCGUCUCCUCUGAGAGUUGAUGCUACUUAUCUGCCUUUUUCUUUUUCUUCUUCCCACAGAAUGCCAAGGAUCAGACAAUUACAGUUUAUGGUUGGACCGAACAGGUAACAUUUAGCAUUUCAAUUUAAAACUAAGCUUACAGACUUUUGAAUAACGUAACGCUGAUAAAACACUCACCAAAGGCGAGGCAAUUGUUUGAUUACCGUAAAGAAGUAGCUAUAAAUAAAACAUACGGAUUCUUUCUAGGCUAUAAUUUGUGCGGUUUUAAGAGGGGAAUAAUUAGUAAUAACGGUCAAAUGCAUGAGUUAAUGUAUCUUUCUCUCUCCAAGAAAUGGCACAAUCCGUUACUCCAGUGGAACGCAUCUGAGUAUGGUGGUAUUAAGUCCAUUCAAACGAGUGCCGACAAGGUCUGGGUACCGGACAUACUCAUGUACUACAAGUAAGAAAAGUAGCAAUAACAUCCGCACGCACACAGGACAAGCCAACCCCUUUAUUCUGCCUCCUUUACAAACCCUCCGUAAAGGAAAAGAGGGAAAGGCAAAAAGGAGAGAAACCUCCUCUCUCUUCCCUUCCCCCACCCACCUCUGCAAUCUCCUCUCUCCUAACCCUUAAGGCCGAAGGCCAGAUAGUCAGCAUAAACCCUCCGACGCAACGAUAUUUGACACUGAGUGCAAACUACAGCUGGGGCACCUCAUUUAACACAAUGCUUGCUUACAGAAAGGAAGGACGCGGGUUUGAUUUCCAGGACUCGAACAAUACUCUCCUUAAAAUAACUGAUGAAAACGGCAUUGCCGUUGCCUUAAAGACAAGGCUCAGAAUGCGCACAAGAGACGAUCCCGUCUCCAGCGAGGACCCAAAAUAGUCCUGAAAACACACAAUGAAAGAGAAAAAAGUCGUCAGAGUGCUCUUUGUAAGAGAAGAACAGGCAGGAGACAGGAUGGUUGUAAAAUGGCAGCCAUUUGUGGGCUUACGUUGCAAGCACUGCAGCCUUCGGUCCACUCUUACCGUUAGCCCGUUCCAGGCGUUCAGAUAGUGGAAUGAGGUUCGAAGUCAGAGUUUGGGAAAAAAAUAAGUAGGAAGAGAGGGAGAGAGAGAGGGGUAGGGAGAGGGAGACGGAGAGGGGUAGGGGGAGGGAGACGGAGAGGGGGAGGGGGAGAGGGAGAGGGAGAGAGAGAGAGAGAGGGAGAGGGAGAGGGAGAGGGGAGGGGAGAGGGGAGAGGGGAGGGAGGGGAGGGAGAGGGAGAGGGAGAGGGAGAGGAGAGGGAGAGAGAGGGAGAGGGAGAGACGAGGCGGGGAACCUUAGAUCUCAGCCCUAUACCCCGCACCUCUCUGUUUUUCUUGCUCACCACUCUUUGUACCAUCCCUUCCAUCUGCGCGCCUAGGUUGACAGGCUUGAAGGUUAGUGAUAAGCAGCAUUUGUUUGUAUAGUAUAUUUUUAAUCCUAGACAGAUGGACGCUUCUACGAGCUUUCCUGCACUGUACUUACUUUUACAAACAAGCUUAACAAUAACAUAGUUAUACGGUUAUUUCUGCUUUCAAUCUUACUAGCAUUGACUUCCUAGACCGCAUUGGGGGCGGACCGACUUCAUAUAAAACAAAUGUUAUCACGCGAUCAAAUGGAGACAGCUACUGGUUUUGCCCAGCCCUCUUUCAAACCGCCUGCGCUAUAGAUAUCACUUACUUUCCAUUCGACAUGCAGACCUGUCAUCUCAAAUUUGGUUCUUGGUCUUCAGGCAGUCAGGAAAUAAAAUUGUCGACAAGACCAAUGAAUAAAUCGACUAUAUCAAAAGAGUACGUGAACAAUGGUGAAUGGCAACUCAUCAGAGUCGCAUCCGAAAAAAAUGUCUUUCAGUACAAAAAUGGGCCAUAUGAUGACAUCACUCUCACCUUGGUGAUAGCCCGUGUGUACUUUACUUACUUUGUGAACCUGAUUGUCCCAUGCUUUCUCAUUUCAACCAUGAUAUUUCUGGGAUUUAUUCUUCCACCAGAGUGCGGGGAAAGAAUUGGUUUGAGCAUAACGGUACUUCUUGCCAUGACUGUCUUCCAGCAAUUAACAGCAAACAUUUUCCCCUCGUUUGAUUUCCCACUCCUCGGUCAGUACUAUUUUGCUACAAGCGUUGAAAUAAGCUUUUCGUUGGUGGCAACAACGAUUGUUUUGAACUUCACGGCCAGCAAAAACAAGAAGAUGCCAAGUUGGUUGCGUAAACUACUGUUAAAGUGGUUGGCGCGUGUUGUUUUCCUGAGAAACACCGUGGAACGAAGCUGUCCUAAACCCAACAGACGCAGAAGAUCGAUGCGAGGCAAGAGCGUGAGGCAGCAUAUGAGAAGAAACGCCCCAGGUGCCAGACAAAAUGGAUCUGUUGCACAGAUGAUUUUCGAUGAAGCUAGUUCCAAAGAAAAAAGGGACGACCGGCUAGUUGAAGAGUUGAAUAACGUCUUUAUAGUAUCAAAAAACCUUGACUGCGGUGGCAUGCGUUAUGCAAACUCCAUCACGUCCAGUGAAUUAAAUGGCCACGGUCCUGGUAAUUUAGUCCUUAGCAAUGCUGAAUAUGAGGAGGUAUGGGAUGAGAUGGAAGUGCCAUUCACGGGAGUCUUGGAUGAGAAUGGCGAGGAACUGGAGGAGGACGAGUUGACCUUUAGACAGUGGGAGUGGGUCAUGGCCGCGCGAGUCCUGGAUCGAGCGUUGCUGUGGGUCUCUAUAAUUACGGGUAUCGUGACGUUUGUGGCAAUUUUCAUGCGAGCGCCUCGCUUGCAAGACAUACUUUUUGGUUCGUGA